AGUGUUUAUUUUUAUUUGGACAAAAAAAAAUGUUUGGGAAAUAUGAUUUUGGAUAAUAUUGUAGUAUUCCAGGAAUGUAGGCUCAUACAACUUCUUAGUUUGUCUUGUCUUUAUUACACAAGAUGCGUUACAAGCACACAACAAACCUCAAUGUGCGUCUCGUCUCUUUUCCCGGCAAAACUCAAACUCUUUACUUCCUGUAAAAACGUCACUUCCCUAUCUCCCCGGAAGUCCCGCCCCCCAGGCCAAAGACAUUGGCCAACACGCCGUAGCCAGCCGCUACGUCCUUAAAGUUUAAAAAGUUGCGCAGGAGCGCGUCACGUGACCCGACGUCGUCUGUCCUCAGCAGACGCGACUUUUCAUCAUCUUCAUCGUCUUCACCCUCCCCAAGAAUGGCCGCCAUGGAGAAGUACAAACAGUUUGUGGUGACUCUGACUUGCGCGGCAGUGAUGGCAACGAUGGCCGUCAUUUUCGUGCUGAGGUGGGUUCUGCACUUCAAGGAGGGUCUGGCCUGGGACGGAAGUCUGGCCGAGUUCAACUGGCACCCGCUGCUGCUCGUCUGCGGCUUCAUUGUGCUGCAAGGUCUGGCCAUCAUCGUGUACAGACUCCCGUGGAGCUGGCAGUGCAGCAAACUUACAAUGAAGUUUAUCCACGCGGGCUUGAACUUCGUGGCCUUCAUUUUUUCUGUUGUGUCUUUGGUGGCGGUUUUUGACUUCCACAACGUUGCCAAGAUCCCCAACAUGUACAGUCUGCACAGCUGGUUGGGUCUGACAGCCGUGAUAUUGUAUUGUCUGCAGCUUGUUUUAGGGGUCGCCAUGUACUUGAUACCAUUCACACCUGUAGCCUGGAGAGCAGCCUUCAUGCCCAUCCAUGUCUACAGUGGCCUUCUACUCUUUGCUUCAGUCAUAGCAGUGGCACUCAUGGGCAUUACUGAGAAACUCAUAUUUGGCCUGAGCAACCCAAAGUAUAAGGACUCCCCUCCCGAGGCAACAUUUGUGAACAUUCUAGGACUCCUUCUGGUAGUUUUCGGUGCUCUGAUCCUCUGGAUUGCCACUCGGCCAUCUUGGAAACGGCCGAGUGAACAGACCUUGCAUACUUUGCAUUCCGAUGAGGAGAGCACUAGAGUCGGUCCGGCCUUGUCUCAACUCUCGGAUGAAAGAGAGGGCGAAGCCUUUGGGGAGACCCGCAGAAGGAGUAAUAAAUUAGAGGAUCAGGUCAACUGAAUGAGUAAAUAUAAAACGCAAUGCUGUAAGAUUGUUGGAUUGGUUAUUCCACAGAAUCAGUGCCAUUUUCUUGCUGUAAGUCUUGCAAAAUAAACUUAAGUUUCUGUCUUU